AUGUACAACAACAGUUACUACCCACUUUAUAACAACCCCACGGGGCAAUAUUACCAAACGAAUAUGCGAAGGAGACCAUUUAAACAGAGGCAGCCUAUAGACUCCCUCAAUAUUCACAGAAAGUCUCCCUUGCUAUACCAGCUAAUGAAAAAGGAAAUUUACCUGUACGAGAAAAAGCUGAUCAAGUGCAUCGAGUUCAUCACGCGCAGUGGCUUCUUCGACCACGCCGAAGAAGACGCGGCAGGUGCAGACAUCGUCGAAGUGGGGUAG